CACCGCCAUAAAUACCAUCAACAUAACCAUAACCAUAACCAUACCAUACCAUACAUUAAUCAAUAUAAAUAAACCUGAAUUGAACCUCUUUAGAGUUUCAAUCAUUACACACACACCCUUCUUCUAUUUCAACGAUGGGAAGUCUAGGAGAGGAGGACUUGGUGAGGAUGGUACAAGAUUUCAUAGAAUCAGAAUCAACACCUCCUACCAUGAAUUCCAAUUCCUCAAAUUGUGGUUCCUUAAACCAUCAAAACGAAUAUUUUAUUUUGCAGGAUAUUCUUAGGAGUAGUGAAACAGCAGCAGAGUCGAAGAUCUUGAAUUGCGUGAUGAAGCAUAUGAGAAGCAGACAUGCUACUUCUGAGAAAACAACUAGUAACCUUAAAACAUGGCUUGUUAAGAGGUUGAAAAUGGAUGGCUUCAAUGCUUCUCUCUGUCAAACAUCUUGGCCCACCUCCUUAGGUUGUCCUGCUGGUGAAUAUGAAUAUAUUGAAGUGAUAGUUGAAGGUGAUAAGAAUAGUGAAGUGAGAGUAAUAGUAGAUAUAGACUUUAGGUGCCAAUUUGAACUUGCAAGGCCAACAGAAUACUACAAAGAAAUGACAGAGUCACUCCCAGUAGUGUUUGUUGGAACUGAGAAGCUGCUGUGUAACAUAAUCUCGUUGAUGUGUUCUGCUGCCAAGAAGUCCCUUAGAGAAAAGGGUCUGCACGUGCCACCAUGGAGAACCACAAGAUACAUGCAAUCCAAGUGGCUCUGUAGAUCUCACCCUAAUAAUAAUACUGCUACUACAGAAGGAGCAAAUAAUAAUAAUCAUAAUAAUGCUCAUGGUUUUGGAAAUUGGGUGCCUCCAACAGUGAGGCCAAGGAGAAGAGAUUUAGAUGGCGGUGGAUCUGCUUUGUCAAGUCAAUUCUCUAACAUGGGAGUCAACUGUUGCUAUGUUUGAUUUCUGUUGUGAUACAUGUUAGAGGUUUUCUGAUCAAGAUCGAAUGCUCAAUUUUGGUCUCAUUUUCUGGAGUUGUUCUUUCUGACCAUUUCGGAUGAGAAGCAUUUUUGUAUUUUUCACAUAUAUGCACAAUAAACCACCAAUCACUACUUCAGUUCUCAUUGUAAUUGUAGUGCUUUUCUGAGCUGUGAAAUCCAUACUAGAGUUUUCGUCUCGAGAGUUGAGACUUGAUCAAUUUGUUUGUUUUCUUGCA